AUGUGUAAGCGAUUAAGCGUUAGAAGUUUUAAGAGACUAUCACCUCUUCAUUCCUACUACCUCAGUCCUUCCCCUUCACCCUUUAGCUGGUCCCGGACCAGAUUCAGAACUGGGCGGAACCAGCAAGUCUGGCCCUUUGGCCAAGAAAUUGCUUUGAUUUACAGCAGUUAUAUGGCAUCUGAAUCUCGACAGUUACUCAGUCAAGUGGAUUUUCAGGCUACCUACGUCGGACUCAGUGCGGAUCUAUGCUGGACAUAUUUGGAAAACCGGCCAAAUCUUGGGAUUCAACCAACUGAACGGCUGUGGGCAUCCAACUGUCGCACAAGUUCAGGCCAAUGGAAGAAAAGAGCAGCGAAAUUGAAUGAAACCAAAAAGCAAGAAAUUAAAGAGGACUUUGAUUUAUUCGAUGUUGUUGGGUGUGGAACCAGAAAUGUGAAAGAAUUGAACAUUACAAUGUGGGCCUUAGGAUUUGAACCAAAGAAAGAAGAAAUUUUAAAAAUGAUAGCUGAAAUUGACAAAGAAGGAAUCGGCACCAUUAGUUUUGAAGAUUUUUUGGCCAUAAUGAGUGUAAAAAUGAGUGAAAAAGAUGAAAAAGAAGAAAUAUUGAAGGCUUUCAAAUUAUUUGGUGAUGAUAAUACAGGAAGUAUAUCACUAAACAAUAUCAAGGGGGUUGCUAAGGAACUAGGGGAAAAUUUGACAGAUGACGAAUUACAGGAAGUGCUUGAUGAAGCUGAUCAUGACGGGGAUGGAGAAAUAAAUGAGGAAGAAUUUUUGAGAAUGAUGCGAAAGACCACUCUUUAUUAAUACUGUUUUUUGUUCCUUCUGGCAAGUUGUUAACAAGUUUGUAUUUAA